GUCUUAUGAGUCAUAGGUGUGAGCCACACCGUGCUGUGGGAGUAAGAUGGCGGGGAAGAAGAAUGUUUUGUCGUCUCUUGCAAUUUAUGCCGAAUAUUCAGACCCUGAAUCUGAUGGCGAAACUGGAGUCGACGCUGUGGGCGGUGCGGCUGAGGAGAAAGGUGGUUUGGUAUCUGACGCCUAUGGAGAAGACGACUUCUCUCGCGCAGGGGGUGAUGAGGACGGUUACGAAGAAGAGGAGGACGAGAACAGUAAGCAGUCGGAAGAUGACGAUUCAGAGACUGAAAAACCUGAGGCUGAUGACCCAAAGGAUAAUACAGAGGCAGAGAAGCGGGACCCCCAGGAAUUGGUGGCCUCCUUCUCUGAGAGGGUCCGCAACAUGUCACCCGAUGAAAUCAAGAUCCCAGCAGAGCCGCCAGGCAGAUGUUCCAAUCACUUACAAGAUAAGAUCCAGAAGCUCUACGAGCGGAAGAUAAAGGAGGGAAUGGAUAUGAACUACAUCAUCCAAAGGAAGAAGGAGUUCCGGAACCCCAGCAUCUACGAGAAACUGAUCCAGUUCUGUGCCAUUGAUGAGCUAGGCACCAACUACCCCAAGGAUAUGUUUGACCCCCAUGGCUGGUCUGAAGAUUCCUACUAUGAGGCAUUAGCCAAGGCCCAGAAGAUUGAAAUGGACAAAUUAGAAAAGGCCAAAAAGGAGCGAACCAAAAUUGAGUUUGUAACGGGCACCAAGAAAGGCACCACAACCAGUGCCACGGCCACCACCAGCAGCACUGCCAGCACAGCUGUCGCAGAUGCCCAGAAGAGGAAGAGCAAGUGGGACUCUGCCAUCCCCGUGACGACAAUAGCACAGCCCACCAUCCUCACCACCACAGCCACCCUGCCAGCAGUGGUCACUGUCACCACCAGUGCCAGCGGCUCCAAGACCACUGUCAUCUCUGCUGUGGGCACCAUCGUGAAGAAGGCCAAGCAGUGACGAGAGCACACCCAAGACUUGGCGGGACUGUGCAGCCCAGUAGCUUCCACCCUGGGAGGUGGCACUCUGUGUGUUUAGGACUGAGAUGAACUCCCCACAUGCCUCCCACAAGGAGCCUCUGUGACAUUCCAGCCGGAAGGACAUUACAGCAGAGGCAGUGGUGUGCUUGGACAGGGUCUGUCCAUACACCUCUUGGGUCUCACCCAAUUAAAAGUACUGCUUCUUGGGUCCCGGCA